AGCACUAAAUAUUCAACUGAUUUCAUUUGAUUCUCCAGACGGAAUUAGAACGAAUCUCAUUUAAAGAUGUCGCCAAUUCGCAAUUUGUUCUUGUAUUCUCUCAUCUUGGUAAUAAAAUCCUUUCAACAAGCUAACGCGACCGUUGGCCCCGGCGUGUACGUUGCACCUGGUCACCUUCCCUAUCAAGUUAGCAUCAGUACGGCAGGCUUGCUUUGUGGGGGCGUCCUCUACAGCGAAAUCGUCGUCAUUACUGCCGCCCAUUGCAUUUAUGAUGGCACUGGGAAACUCAGAUCGGCCAGUGACCUUCUUAUCUAUGCCGGCUCGGUCGAACAGUUCAAAGGAGAAAUGAGAACAGCCUCAAGUUACGUGAUCGCGCCAAACUUUGUCAAUCGGGGCGGCUUGCAUGACAUCGCCUUGAUAAAAUUAACCCAACCGUUUCAACUCGGCACGAAAAUCCAGCCGGUUCGAAUUGCCGAGAAUGGAGUCUAUUUCCAACCAGGAACCAAGUGCAUUCUGGCAGGAUUUGGCCAAAAGGAUAGUAGUACAAGUUUGAAAGAAGUCACAGUCAGAAUCCGAAGUGGAACGGUGUGCAGGGCAAUAAAUGCUAGAACCUGGGACGCGAAUACGAUGGUAUGUGCUGGUGGACUGCUUGGAGAAGGAAACAGUUGCGGUGGAGAUUCUGGAGGGCCGCUUAUCUGCAACGGCGUACUGUACGGAAUUGUUGUAAUGGGUGAGGACGUCUGCAGUGGAACUAUGGCUACGACGUAUACAAAUAUAGCAAAAUAUCAUGAUUGGAUAAUCCAGACAGCUAACUCGUUCGGGAGUAGGAUUAACAGCAAUAAUGAGAUCGGACAUGAUUUUAAGGGAUAUCAGUUUAAACCAAUGCCCAGUUUGAAUAAUAUGAACGGUAUGAAAUUCAACUGGAAAUCUUUUCAAUAUCAGUCUUCCAAUUCACAAAGCCAGUGGCAAUCACAAUCAUCUUCUUAAAACGGUUGAACUACACUCUAAAUAAAGUAAGUAACAUUUACUUCACGUUGAGUAAAAUAGAGAUAAAAUUUAUUUAACCCUUGUAUAAAAUUUAUCAAGGUUGUGAAAUUUGCACGUAGGUUGGUAGGUUAGAUUUUUGUCGCUUGGUCCUUUGAUUUUUUAAAUUCAACCCGGAGUAUUUAUUUAUUUAUUUAGAGUGUAUGUAAAUGAGACACAGAGUUGAGUCUCUCCUAAAAUUAAAAGAACAUGAAACAUAAAAUCGCCUUAUUGAUAAAGCUGAAAUUAAUAUGUUUGGUACGUCAAAUGAAACUAAAUUGCAUGCAUAAAUAAUGGCAUAUGUAGUGGGAUUAAAAUUUAAUUUUAGUUCUGCCUUAGAUAAUAUAUAGCGGUUGGUCUGCUAUAAAUCGUAAAAUUAUAGAGACAAAUUAUGAAAAUAGCCAUGGAACCAUAUUUACGAAAAAUGCUAUAGUAACUUUGAUUAAAUUUAUGGGUUGAUAAAAUCAUACAACUUCGCUACUUAUUU